CCAGAUUCAAACAUUUGAACCUCAAAUCUGGUUGGGGACGUCAAAGAUUCAAGGAAACUAACUUUUAGUCAUCUAAUCUGAAUUUAGAUUUGGUGCUGCACUCAAACGUACUCACGGAGCUCGAUGCAAACUUUUUUUUUUCAAUGAGCCAUUGUUCCCUUUAUUCAUGCGUGUAUGUGCGUCUUCCCAGGUUGAUGAGUGACCCAUUAGCAGCGUGAAAUGGACAAUUAGAUUUGCGAUUUGCAACAGCCAUUCAUACACACCGGGCACCUGCGGUGAAGGUUGCUGCUGGUGGCGCCCGAACACGCUGGGUGUGUCUUUGAGCCUAGACCAGCCCACCCACUCCGCCGCUUCCCCUUGCCGAUCACUAUUUGAGGAGGCGACUACGGUGCACUGAUUCCUCAGCACAUUUUUUUUUUAACCUGGGUGGAUGUGGUGUGCGCGCGAGGCCUUUCUAACUCAACAAACCUCAUCCUGCAGCUGAUCGUGCUCUGUGGGAAUUACAACUUGGUUUCUGAAAAGACAACAUGCCUCGGUCAUUUCUUGUCAAGAAGUAUUUUUCCAGCAAGAAACCAUGCUACAGAGAAAGCCUGUUGGACAGCCAAACUGCUUUUGUCCCGGAAAGCUUCCCACGGGCCGCCCUUCCGACUCAGAACCACAACUCUGCCCUCACCUGCCACCCCGCAGUUCCAUUCACGCCAUUGCCUGCUCCCCUUUCCCCGAUUGCCCCGGCAUCACUCCCUCCGUCACCACUCGGGCCUCUUGAUCUCAGUAGCUCUCCGUUCAGCAGCAGCGGCGAUGAGGACGAAGAUAACGGUCGUUCUUCGGACCCCCCGAGCCCGGAUGCCCUCCAAGCCGUCUACCACUGCAUGUACUGCGCAAAAAGCUACACCAGCCUCUCGGCUCUGUCCCACCACCAGACGUCCCACCUGUGUGUCCCGUCGCUGCCCGCUGAGGCGUCUGCGUCCAGGCCGGCCUUCCAUUGCAAACACUGCCCGAAGGAGUACACCAGCCUGGGCGCCCUGAAGAUGCACAUCCGCUCCCACACGUUGCCGUGCGUGUGCACCACCUGUGGCAAAGCCUUCUCCAGACCGUGGCUGCUGAGGGGACACAUCCGCACCCACACAGGCGAGCGCCCGUUCGCUUGUCAACACUGUACCCGGGCCUUCGCCGACCGCUCCAACCUGCGGGCGCACCUGCAGACACACUCGGAAGUGAAGAAGUACCAGUGUGGCUCCUGCUCGCGCACCUUCAGCCGCAUGUCUCUGCUGCACAAACACAACGCCUCAGGAUGCGGCAACCCCACCUCUUAGAUGGAACCACAUUCCCUGUUUCCACCCGAAGGACUCCUCUACGACUACUUGAAUGCAUUUUUGAUUUCAGAACUGAGAUUUCAAAUGAGCAGCGGCCUGUCAACAGUGUGAGCACGUAGGGCACGAGAGCAGCUGGACAUCCGGUUAAAUCCCAGGAAACUCCCAUUGGUGCCGGCCGGUCCGGAACUCUGGCAUGCUGCAGCUGCUUGGGGGUGUUUUUGGUGUGUAUGCGUGGAGGCCAUUCCUUAUUAUGCAUACACGAUGUAUGUGUGUGUGUGUUGUGACAGCUGCCUGUGAAAGUGGGCGACAGGUGACCUCCACUCACCCCAUGUUCUUCACCAAAGGACCCAGUUUGCUUCACCAAAAUGUCUCUGGUGUCUUAAUGGUGCAUGUGCUUUUAAUUUUUUGACAUAAUUUUAUUCAUCUUUUUUUCAUAAUGUAUGUGCAUUUGCCUCCCCUCCAUCACAUGUAAAUAAAAGCUUUUGUUGUAGAACAAAAUG